UUAACAAUCAACUGGGUAAGUACUAUAAAAGGGGCUCGUUCCAAAAAUUAUGCAUCAGUCGAACAAGUACACUUACAACAUGUUCUGCAAAAUCGUGGCAGUCAGCGCUCUUUUGGCGGUAGCAUCCGCUGGGCUUUUGCCCGUAGCAAACUACGCGCCCGCCGCCCAUGUGGCUUACUCUUCACCAAUCUCCUACUCUGCCCCUGCUAUCUCCGGUCACGCCGCUGUUUCCUCGCAAAACAUCGUCCGCCACGACCAAGGCCAUGGAGCUAUUGCCGUAGCCGCCCCAGUCUCGUACGCUGCCCCAGUCGCCUACGCUGCUCCUCGUCUGUCCGGCCAUGCUGUCUCUUCUCAGAACAUCGUGAGCCACAACCAAGGCUACGGUGCUAUCGGCUACGCUGCUCCGGCCCGCGUCUCCGGUCACGCCGCUGUUUCCUCGCAAAACAUUGUUCGCCACGACCAAGGCCAUGGAGCUAUUGCUGUAGCCGCCCCAGUCUCGUACGCAGCCCCAGUUGCCUACGCCGCUCCUCGUCUGUCCGGGCAUGCUGUCUCUUCUCAGAACAUCGUGAGCCACAACCAGGGCUACGGCGCUAUCGGCUACGCUGCUCCUGCCCGUGUCGCUAUCGCCCACUCCGCCCCUGUCGUCCACGCCGCUCCCAUCGUACACGCCGCUCCCGCCCACGGUUACAUCGCCGCUCACCAGCCUGAACCUUAUGAUGCUCACCCCAACUACGAGUUCUCGUACUCCGUCGCUGACGGCCACUCCGGCGACAACAAGUCCCAGCACGAGAGCCGCGACGGUGACGUCGUACACGGCGAGUACUCCCUGGUCGAGGCUGACGGCUCCGUACGCAGGGUCGAGUACUCCGCCGACGCACACAGCGGCUUCAACGCCGUGGUCCACCGCUCCGCACCCUCCGUCCACGCUGCGCCCGUAGCCCAUGCCCCAGCACACAUUCUGGCUCAUCAUUAAACUUAAAACUUUUGCUGUCUAUCUGUUCUCAUAGUCAUGUAAACAACUAUUUAUAUAGAUAAAAUUAAAAUAAAAUUAAAAUAAUUGAA